AUGGGUUUCUUUUCUUUUCUUUUCAUAUAUUUAUUGGGAUUAAUUAGUCCUUUUCUUAUAAUAUUACUCAUAUUCAAUUAUGUAUUAAAAGAUGUUAAAGAUGAAGAAGAUCAUGAUUUAAAUACUUUAAAUAGUGAUGAUUUAAAAGCUGGAGAACUUGAAGAAAAACAUCAAUCCGGAUUAGAAAGUUUUAAAAAUGGUUGGAUAUUUGUUACAAAUGAAUAUAUUGAAAGUACUGAUGAAAUUAAUCGAAAUACAACUCCAAUUACUGAUUUACCAGAAAAUAAAUCUGCAUAUUCAUCAUUAUUUAAAUUAGUGAAUAAAGAACAACAACAAAGAGAACAAGAAUUAUUAAAUAACCCUACAACAGAAGAUGAUGAUUUGAAAGAUGAUGCAGCUUCAAUUCAUUCAAUUCAACCAUCAAUUACUCAAACUUCAUCAACUCCAACACCCCAACCUCAAAAACAACCAACUCAACAAUCUACUCAAGCUAUGAGACAAUCAUUGAAAAAGCAUAGAUAUUUUGCAGUUUUGAAACAUGGGAAUUUAUUUUUGUAUAAAGAUCAAACAUUAAAAGAUGUUAAACAUGUAAUUGUAUUGAGUAGUUAUUUUGUCAGUAUCUGGCCAAGAGAUUUAACUGAUGCACAAUUGUUUACAAAAUAUACAGCAAUUGCUUUGAUCAAUACCAAAAAAUUAAAUACCAAUGCAGGUAAUUCUGAUUCAAAUUUAGCAGGAAGCUUUUUCAUCUAUUGUGAUUAUGUAUCAGAUAAAGAAGAUUGGUAUUUUUCAUUAAUCAGAAGUACAAAAUCAGACUCACCUAAUAAUAACAUUGCAAUUCCAUCGAAUUUAAGUCCUAAUAAAUUUGCAAAUACAUUACAUUUUUCAACUAAAGAAAUGAUAAAUUUAAUUCAAGCAUUAUAUAGUUCAGAAGGUCAUUUACAAACGAAGUGGAUGAAUGCAUUAAUUGGUAGAUGGUUUUUAGCAAUAAAAGAUACUCAAUUUUUUGAAAAUUAUAUAUACACUAAAUUAAGUAAAAAAUUGGAUAAGAUCAAAAAACCAGGAUUUUUUGAAGAAUUUCAAAUUACAGAUAUACAACCAGGAAGUUCUGCACCAUUUUUCACAUAUCCGAAUUUAAAAGAAAUUAAUCCUGAUGGAACUUUAGUUGUAAAUGGUAAUGUAUCAUAUAAUGGAGGAUUAUCAGUAACAAUAGCAACAAAAUUAGAUUUGUCAUUUGGUACAAAAUUAACAAAAGAAGUUGAUUUGGUUUUAAAAAUUACACUAGUCAAGUUGGAAGGACCAAUUUUAAUCAAGUUGAAACCACCUCCAAGUAAUAGAUUUUGGUAUUGUUAUGAAGUUGAACCAAUUUUAAAUUUUAAAAUUGAACCAAUUUUAAGUACGAAAUCGUUAAAUUAUAGUUUUAUUACAAGUUCAAUUGAGAAAAAAUUUAAGGAAGCUAUAAAAGAAAGUUUGGUUUUACCACAUUGGGAUGAUAUUGUAUUUUUUGAUACAAAAGAUGAGUUAUAUCGGGGAGGUAUAUGGAAAAAUGAUGAUGCAAGUGACGAAAGAAAUGAUGAUCAACAAUCAAUAAUAGAAACAGACACUACAAGUACUAUAACUGAUCAAAUGAUUGACUCAAAAGCUAAUUUGACACCCACUGCCAAUCAAAAUAAAUAUGCAAAAUUGUCUAAAAAUAUUACUGAUUUAACUAAAAAAAUGAAAAAGAAAUCAUCAUCACCAUCAACCGAAGAUUUCCAAAAUUCAACUUUAGCUGCUUCUCAACCAACUAAGGACUCGAAUAAUACCUCAUCAGUGAUGUCAAAUACGUUCAAAAAAAUUGGCAAAUGGUAUUUCAAAGAGGACAGGAAUGCACCACCACCUCUUCACGAUCAAGAAAAUGUACAACAAGUUACUGAAAAACCUACCUUAUCAGUUCCAACUACAUCAGGUCCACCAUUACCAAAAAGAUCAAAUUCAAAUGCCUCUACAUCAACAACAAAUUCAACAAAAUCAAAAGAACAAUCAAAUUAUCAUCCACCAGAAAUGAUUUCAAAAAGAAGACCACCAAGAAAAUCAUCAAAUGCAUCAACAUCAAUUUUGAAAACUAAUGAUAAAUUUAAUAAUAAUGGAAUUGGUGCUGGUGGUAAUAGUCCAAUUUUACAAAGUAGUUCACCACCAACAACAAAUACUGGAUUAUCUACUGCAACUACACCUCCACAAUCUAGACUUCAAUCACCAUCUUUUAGUUUUGCGAAAUUUGAUCAUACAAUUGAUUCAAAUAUUGAUUUACCUCCAGCAUAUUUAGAAAAUGAACAUCAUUUCUUGAAUAAUAAUACCAAUAUUUCUACAAACACCAAUACUCACAACUCAAAUUCAUCAAUUUCAUCAUUAUCAAUAACAGCUUCACAAUUAGCAGCAUCAAGAUCUUUUAAUUCCUUAAAUAAGAUAGAUGCAACAAGCUUAAAAAGAAAACCAAGUUCAACAUCAACAGUACAAAAUACUACAACAUUAAACACUAAUCAAGAAAACGACGAGGACGAGAAAUCAUAUAAUUUCGAUGAUUCAUUACCAAGUCAUUCUCAAGGAGAUUCGUCAAUAGGAAGAAGCAAAACAUUAAGAAAACCACCACCAAAAUCACCAAUUUUGGAACCAACUACUACCACGACAAUUUCAAAUAAUAUUAAUUUAUCAAAUUCUAAUAGUUCAUCUUCUAGUAAUAAUCCAUUUAAUGAAUUUUUAAAAAAUGAAGUUGAUGAAAAAGUUGAAUGA